CCUCACCCCAUCCUUGACCUCAGCGACAUGUCUCUCGCAAGGGCGGCCGGGGCCGUUUUGCGCCCAACUCAACGGGCUGGCACCUCUCUUCUUCAGCGCAGAGCGGCAUCUUCGCAUGCUCACGACGAGCACCAUCACGACGAGCACCACGAGGAGUACCACGAUACGAACGUGUACCCGCCUGAAGUGUUCAACACCCCCUUCUGGCGCACCGCCGUUAUCGCCGGGCUUGGUGUCGUCGCGUUCUACAAGUUCGCUCCCGCCCCCAGCGACGACACUCUGAUUGCGAAAUAUGUCUCGCGGACAAUGACCUCCGGGGAGGUGUGGAAGGACAUCCUGUUCAAGCACCUUCUGCUCUCGGCGCAGGGCUCGGACGAGACGCUGCUCAUCACUGACGCGAAGCCCCCGGUCGUGCACCGCUACCGCUUCCCCCAGAGACUUGACAUGUACUCCCCGCACUCUUUGCCAGUGGGCCUGCACCUCGACGCCAGCGACGUUGCUGUAAAGAGAGGCUAGACUUUGCAUAAUCCUAUCAUCGCUUUUCCC